CGUAUGCUCGAAAUUCACGAGAUUCAAGCAUCCAACGAAAAUAUUCAAUCAGGUUUGAGUUUGACUUCGAUCAAGUGAAAGUAGUUAAAUAAGAAGAGAUUAAAUAGUUUUCUGCAAUUUAUUAAAUUAUAUAAUUUAUUAAUUUUACUGCUUGAAGUCCCAAGCUGAUCGAGCAAAAGUUAUCGUUGCCAAAACGAGUCGCUGUUUUUCAUUAAAUCUGAUGCAACAAUACGUCGCACGAUCAAGAUUGAAAUCUACAUGCGAACAUUUUCACUGUGUUUGUUGACAUUUGUUGGAGUCGUCAAUGGAUAGUGUUUUAAGUUUCUGACAGAUGUUUAUAAAUAUUCAACAACAGAGAGAACGAAAUCUCGGAAAAACGAAGAAUUUAAAGAUAUACAAUCGUUAAUUCUAACAACGGACAAACAUGUCUUUACCAAACUCGAAUGCGAAGCCGAAUCUUUCGCAAAAAACAAGAGAGGAAAUCAAAGCGGAACGCGAAGCAAAGAAGGCUGCUAAAACUGCUGCUAAGGCAGCAAAGAUUAAUAAGGUAGACAAUGCCAAAAAUGUAGCACCAGUCAAUUGUAAGAUCUCAACGAAAAAUGCAAGAACAGAUGUAGCAGCAGAAAAAGGUAAUAAGAUAGUAGAAACAGGAAAUAUUAAAAUUAAAUGUAAAUCUGCAGUACUAGACUGUGAAAUCUUAGAAAAAAAUACAAAAGCAAAUGUAGCAACAGAUGCAACAAUUUCACCGCCUACAGUCUUGAAGGAAAAUGUAAUUCAAUCUUCGAAUGUCCAAAACAAUGCAUCCGAAAGUAAAAAUGAAGGCAAGAGCAAGGCUGAGCUUCGUGCAGAACGAAGAGCUAAGCAAGAGGCUCAGAGAGCUGCCAAGCAGCAACAGUUAGUAAAGAAUAAUAUAAAAAGUGAGGAAUCUCUCAAACCACAUGUAGAAACUGUAUCCAGUGAAUGUCCAGUGAAAAAAAGUGUCAUGAACAAUACAAUGAGGGAAAAUGCGCAUACUGUUAAUUUAUUUAAACACUUAUAUCAAGAAAGGGAGCGUUCUUUAUUCAAUAUUGCCACAGUAAACUCAAAUAUACAUCCAGCGAUAGUUAGACUAGGUGUUCAGUAUGCUAAUAAAGUUAUCGUUGGUAGUAACGCGAGAUGUGUCGCGCUUUUAGCUGCUGUCAAACAGGUGAUCCAGGAUUUCGAAAAGCCAAUACAUGAAGAUUUCAUACGUGGUCUCGAGGCAAACUUGAAAGAAUCGCUGAAGUAUCUUUGCCAUUGUAGACCAUUGGGCGUCUCAAUGCAUAAUGCUAUGCGCCACCUCACGUGGCAGAUGACACAGUUUUCAUCUACAUUAUCGGACGAAAAAGCAAAAAGUAAGUUACAAGGAAUAAUAGAUACUUACAUCUCGGAACAAAUUCAGCUGGCUGACAAAGCGAUAUCUUUAACCAUACAGAGUAAAAUAUCGGAUGGAAAUGUUAUUUUAACAUAUGGCUAUUCAUCCUUAAUUCAUAAGAUAUUAGUGGAGGCACAUGCUGCAGGCAAGCAGUUUCGUGUGGUUGUGGUCGAUGGUAGACCGUGGCUAGAAGGAAAAGAACAGCUAAGACGUUUGGCGAAACAUGGGAUUGAGUGUUCAUAUAUACUAAUCAAUGCUCUCAGUUUCAUUAUGCCAGAAGUCAGUAAAGUUUUUCUAGGUGCCCAUGCGAUAUUAGCUAACGGAGCAGUAAUGUCAAGAGUAGGAACGGCACAGAUUGCUUUAAUGGCAAAAGCCUUUAAUGUUCCUGUUUUAGUAGCGUGCGAAACACACAAAUCAUCUGAACGAGUGCAGACCGACUCUAUUGUUCACAAUGAAUUAGGUAACGCAGAUGAUCUUGUGAAUCAUCAAUUAAAUGGUAGUUCGAAAAAGUCUUUACUCUCCAAUUGGCGAACGAGGAAAUCGUUAAAUCUUUUGAACAUUACUUACGACGUGACACCGGCCGAUCUUGUAACGGCUGUCGUCACAGAAUUGGCGAUUCUACCAUGCACUAGUGUUCCUGUGAUUUUACGAAUUAAACCUUCCGAAGUGUAAAUACGUACACAAACGAUCAUUAAUGUCUUCUAUCUGAAGAGAAGUUUAAGAGUUUCAAUUAUAAAUUACAUGUUGUUCUGAUAGAUAACUUCGAAGUAAUGAUUGUCGGAUUGAAUACUGACUUAUAUAUGAAUACCUAAUGCAAUCUAUUUGAAAUGCAAUUAACUCCAAACGGAAAAACAUUUAAUUAUUGUAUACAUUUAUUCGAAGAAAGAUGAAAACAAAUACAUGAUAUUCAA